GAACAAGCCUCUCCCUUUCUCUUCUCGUUCUCGUUCUCGUUCUCGUAAUCUCCCUCGUGUUUCUGAUCCCCAAUCGCGAGGUAACCGGCGUCGAGGAUCUUACGGCGCGGUCGGAGAGCGUCUCCUGAGCGCUCCGCUUCUGGAGUAGUUGAGCAUCUCCUCUCUUGUGGCCGAGUUCUUCACCGAGCGGCUGCGGAUCUGGUUGAUUAAGAUUGGCUCGUUCAUUUUUCCUAUCAUGUUUGUAUUUCAGUGUGUCCAAAAGUUUUAAGUACUUAGAAGGGUUUCAAGUAUCAUGGCUCCUGCGCAAUGUAUGUAUGGUGCCAAUGAAGAAGGAAAACUUGAUGUCUCAGUAAAAACGGAGAACAAGGAAUUUGUAGAAACGAAAGAGGCAGCCGGAAUAUUUUCUUCAGAUAACAGUGAAGAUCGUAUGUUAUGUGUUGGAUCAUUGAAAGAAAUGGGCAAAUCUGUAGUUGUCCCUGAUGAAAGUAAACUUAACCACAUUGUAAAAUCUGUGAACAUGGAGUUGGUGGAUGACAAAGAUGUGCUAGGAUUUCCACAUGCAAAAAAUUGUGAAGAAGUUGAUUUUUGUGCUGGAUCCUCUACUUCCUUGACUAAAGUUGAUAAUGUCAUUGUUGAGGAAAUUGACAUUGUCAAUUGUACGGAUGACAUUGAUGACAAGGCACUGGAAAUUGAUGACCUAGAUGCAACUGAGUGUUCUAGCUCAUUCGGGGACACUUUCUCAGGUUCAGAGAAUGAGUUGAAGCAGGAGAAUGGGGGUAUGGAAGUUGAUUCACCACUUGUUCCUUCAAAUGUGGAUCCUGCUGUAUUUGAUUUGCUUAACAAGGAUUUUAGGAAGAAGAAAGUGAGUGCUCAUUGGAGAAAGUUUAUCAGUCCUCUCACGUGGAGAUGCCAAUGGUUAGAGUUGCACAUGAAACAAUUUUUCUCACAAGCUUCAAUGUAUGAUAAGGAGCUUACGAUGUACAAGCAUGGAAAGGAACUUCAGUCAAAGAUUAUUGAGUUGGAUAAUUCUGUCUCUAGAUCAGUGCCCUUCACAUCUCGAAACAAUUGGAAAAGUUCCAUGGACAGGAGAAAAAGGAAAAGAACUGAAGAUAAAGAUGGCAUAUCAUCAUAUAUGUCAAAUCAUGCUAUAUUUUCUUACUAUGAAAAUAAGAGAACAGAUUCAGACAGCCACUCAGUUGAUGAUGAUUGUGAAGAUUACAACAUCAUAAGCAAUGAUGAUAAUGAGUGGUUGCUUGGCUUGAAAGGCGGUGAUAAUUCCCUCGAACAGAUUCUUUUGAACAUUGAAGCUGUUAAAUCUAGAAUUCUGAAGUUGAAGAUUCAGCUUGACAAUGUCAUAGGUAGAGAUGUAAGAGAGAUACCUUCUCCUUCCAAUCUAUCAAUGGAAGAUCUGCCCGUGAGUUUUCUGCAAAAUGGUACUGGUGGAGGUGCAACGUCGACUGGAUUGCCAGGUACACCACCACACAUUGCAUCUGAAUGUGAGACACAGAGGGUGGUUAUGCCCUUAAGUGAAGGUUCAAGCUACGGUGAUGCUGCAGAUAUUGGUAUCAUUGAAAGCACAAUCGGCUUAUUGUCUGGCAGUGCUGUAACUCUUGAUCACCACCACAUGAGAGACUUGUGUGAAGAUAAUGAAGAUGUGUUGAUUGAUAACCCAAUAGCUGAGGAAGAGUAUCAGAACUUUGAGAAAGUCAGUCAUGAAACAGAUAAAGUUGAGGGUAUAGCAAAGCCAAACAGCGUGAUCCAUUCUGGUGACCAAAGUACUGCCCCUAACGUGUCAGUGCCAGAAACAAGUCGACCUGGAUCGAAUGUUGAAAUGCCACUGCAAACAAUUCUGAAGCCCUGUUACACUGGUAAAAGAAGAGGACGAAAGCCCAAGAAAAAGUGGCAAGCCAGUUUAGUUGCUGCUUCUCGUCAACCAAGGACCAAGAAGCUUCGCGUAUCUAGUUCUUCGUGGAGUGACUGGAAUUCUGGUCCUCCCAAGACUGAGAAGCUUCAGACUUCAGGUCCCUGGAGGAGCGAGAGGCUUAAGAUGCAAAGAUUAGACGCCAACAGGAAGUCGUAAGUCUGUCGACGCUUCACGUCCCUUGAGGGAGGAUUAGAUUCCAAGAGUGACCAGUAAGAAAACAUGAUGAGUUCAAGUGUACAUGCAUCCCAUCAACUUGUACUGGAGCCUGCUCUGGAUUCUCUUUCAUCCUAAUCUAGAACAAAGCUUGUAUGCUACUGGAUGACUGAAUUAUUAGGGUACUGUUCUAUGUAUAUGUUUUUUAUUAUUAUUAUACCAUGACCUCGAUCAGUUCCGUAGUGUCA